AUACCUAUAUGUAUACCUAUUUAGCUAUUUUUAUGCAUUAGCGCACGUACGGCCAAUCGAAAUGUUCCGCUGGAUUUCUCCAACUCUUGAACUAAUCACCGUGUGCCGACCAACGGAAACGAUGGAUACUGUUCCGAUUUGUGUAUAAAUACCGGUUUUUUAAACGGAGAAACCAUACUUUGCAAAAAGCAAAAGGAGAAACCAUACUUGCCUAACGUACGCAGGUUCAGCUUGGGGUCCAACUUUGUCAAAGAUAACUGGGCAAAAGUUGAGGCCGUUCAAAAUAUUGCUCUCGGAACAAUUCUUGCUGCACCUUACUGUGUUUCAAAUACAACACUACGCAACACAUCGGGCCUUCCCACAAUUCGUGAGUACAUUCUCCGCAACACAAAAAUACUAUUUUACAAAAACCAAUUUUCAAAAUAUCCGCCUAUACACGACCUAGGCCGCGGUACUCAACAUUUCACGAAUGUGCUUAAAAAUCGCCCAUUUGAUUGGACUAACGCCUAACCAAAAUAUUACCUAACUCAUAUUAUCAAAUACAUUAUCCCACACAUCAUAGGCCAACGCCUGAAAUGUGUCACAGGCUUAUUAGCCGUCCGUACAAGCAAUAGCAAUAGCAAUAGCGAGAAACCAUACAAAGUUUUCACUGUUAGCAAACAAGUUUAAGUAAACAGCAACGGAAUGGUCAAAUUAACCGCACGUAUGUCGACCGCUGGAAGAGCUCCCCGCAAGAUGCCAAAACUCAGCGAGAAUUUAGCCACCGAAGCCGCACGUGAGAGCGCACCAGCAACCGGAGGGGUGAAGAAGCCAAAACGAUGUCGUCCUGGAACUGUCGUCCACCGUGAAAUCCAGAAAAGCACGGAACUGAUGAAAUUUCUGUUCCAACAUCUGAUGCUUGAGAUCGCCAAGAACUUUAAAACCGACCAGAGUUCUCCACUUCAUGGCUUGCAAGAAGCCAGUGAAGCGAAUCUGGUCGGUCUGUUUAAAGACACCAAUUUGUGUGCCAUCCACGCUAAACUUCUCAAGAUUAUGCCAAAGGGAAACCAAUUGGCUCGUCAUAUUCACAGUGAAUGUGAUUAAAUAUUCGACACUGUUUACAUUAAUCACCUUAUUAAAAAGGCCCUUCUCAGGGCCGCGACAUUUAAAACCUGUUAAGUGUAACCCGGGGAAGUAAUCAAACAGAGAUUUGAAGAUUUACGGUGGAAAUUUUCGUUUAUAAAUUGUUGCUAUUGGUUGGUUAAAUGGUGUAAAUAUUUAGUAGAAAUUAGUAUUUAUUGUUUUAUUGAUUGUAAUUGGUUAGUCGGGCAGAUGAGGUGUAGCAAGCAUCAAAUCGAAUUUUCACACUUUGCCUACUUGAGAUGCUGUCGAACAUUGUCCGCGAUCCAACGCAGUCGAAUUUCCUACGUGGGAGGUGAGUUGCACUUAAAAGGAGUUGAACAAUCACAAUUUUUUUUAAUGUUGUAAUUUUUUACAAGCAACGAAGUGUGCGGGACCAACUAGUAUUUCUAUAUUUUUUAUUACUUAAUAAACUGAAGGUUUAUUGGCAAUUGGGAUACAAUUAGUAACAUUAAUGAAUUCAGCAGUUCAUGGCAAAGUAUCUUUUAAGAUACACAUACUUGGAACACUUUUAUUAAUAUAUUAUAAACAUUAUUUAAUUGUAUAGUAUUAUGCAUAAAUAUUGCAAUAAUUUAUAAUACUAAUCAAAAUGCUAUUUAAAAAGAAAUAUAAUCAAUUAUGUAUUAAAUUCGUCUAAAAUCGAAAUCAAAAAACGCCGACACUCGGUAUCUGGUUACAUAAAAAAAAACAACAGAAAACUGAAAGCUAAUUAACAGGUAAUAUUGUGUUGAUUCAGUGAUACCAUUUAUUUUUUUUUCAAAAUACACGCAAAGUAUCAUCAAAAUAUCUUUAAAUAUCAUUAUAAUAUUAAGAAUUCGAAAGCUUGACGUAUCCUAAAAGAUAUCCUGCCGAGUUAAGGGUUAAACAUGACCGGUAUUUGUCAACGCUUUACUCAUCCAUAAAUGUAAAUAUUAAAUCAGAUGUAUUUUUAGGCCCUGAUCGGCGCGUAUAUAUUUGGUUUAUUUUCAGAGUUGAUUUUACCUAUACGACUAAAUUAAUUAUAAAUACGAACCCGUUGUAUAGUAAAAUGUUAAAUGUGCACUCACUUCGGCAUGUUUUUAUAGGUUACUAUGACAACCGCUAAACUUUUUAGUAGUAAUAUAAUCAGCUUUGGCCAGGGUCAGACCGGAACCGAUAUGUUUCAACCUAGCAAUAUAUCCACGUGUAUACGUAUAUAAUAUUAUAUAUAUUUGGUAGGUACAUAUUAUAUAUUGUAUUAACCUGCACUGAGGGUACCGCGGGGUAGGUAUGGUCACACAUGUGCGUAAAAUAUUAUAACAAAAUAUGAUAUACAUCAUGGUAUUAUUAUUAUUCACGUGACGAAAAAUCGAAGUCUGCUGGUUUGCAUAUUAUAACACAACGUCGUGUGAUAUACACAUCAUAAUGACUACCUCCUACAUAUAUAUACAUAUAUUAUCUAAGGGCGCGUGCUGCAGGCUCUUCGCGACCGAUAACGGCGCCGCUCUCGGGGACAACGAGACCCGCCCGGACGACAAACGACGUCGUAAGCAAUUAGCAUAAUGGCAUGUACAAUAUAUAUAUAUAUAUUAUUAUUAUUAUAUUAUAAUAUAAUAUUAUUAAUUCGUUACUGCGCCGAAAAGAUAAAGAACGAGCGGGGUGCCCUGUCUGCGCAAAGCUCGCGCGUUGUUGUUCCGGCGGCGGGCCAGAAAUGAACGAUGACGACGAAGAUAUAGCAGCUGCGGUCGGAUAGGACGCGGUCACAGUUACCAUACCUACCGGCUACCAUGAUAUUAUACCUAACCUAUACGCCGCCGUACGGUCGUGGUGCAACCGCGGCUAUUACAAUAUUAUCAUCAUCGCGCUGUGGAGGAGUGGAGAUUUUUUUGAUUUUUUGAAAGGCCACCGUCGAUCGUGGAACUGGCGCCAUUGUCGCUAAGACCUAACCAAACGACGUUUUUGAUAUUUGCUUUUCGAAGGGAGACGGGAGCUGCGUGGCCUCGUGAUUUUUUAAUACCUACAUAUUAUAUCAUAUAAACUAAAUUCAUUUUUCAAGCCUUAUUACAUUCAUUGUAAAUGAGAUUAAAAAAAAAAUUCUUGUACGCUGUGAAUAUAUUUUUUGUUUGACCGGUAGAUUGACGGUCGGACACUGUGUCACGAUUCGCCAGUAUAAUUUUCGAUCGCGGUAGAUUAAAAAUAUUUUUUCGAGCGGUGUAUUGCCUGUCAACACAAUUAUUAUGGUGUUGUUACCGCGUGGAAAUAAUUUAAAACGGUUACAGAACAAUAUUAAUCGAACAUAAUAUUAUCAAUCGAAUACCUAGCCUAUAAAAUAAAUGGUAGACUAAAAACGAAUUUUUUUCGUUAAUAAUAUCGAAAACGAUGAAGGUAUUUGAUAGCCAAUAGGAAUGAUUAUGCGCUAUCGUAUUUUACUCAUAUUGUGUCACUCGUUCGAACGACGGAACCGAUUUCCAUAUCGGUUAUAUCGUAGUUAAUCGUUUGAAGAAGACAAAAAUGAUUUUGAAACGUUUUUUUGGGCCGAAUAGAGUUCGUGAGAAUACUAUAUAGGUACGAGACAGGUUGUUACGAACCAGCGGCAGAUGACCGACUACACGUCUACGUCUCCCCUGAACACGCGAUAAGGUCAAACAGCGCAAUCGUCUGAUGUGGAGAUACAGACGGUUUAACGAGGACAGAUUUUUGUAUACAUAUUAUAAAUGUUUAAUAUUGUACAAAACACGCGUUAAUGUCGUUCAGCUGUUCUCGUCAUCGUUCAAACGGGGCGGAAAUUAAACGUAACAUUCACAUAGUUAAAAUAUUAUAUAUAUAUAUAUAAUUUUUUAUUAUUAUUAAGUAUAGUUAUUAGGUACUUACUACAUUUCGGUUUCACGUAUAAUACCACCACGCCACGACCGUCGCCUG